GGAACAUACCCCGAGGCGGAAGGGGCGCGAGGAGACUGCCAGGGGCGCCGGAAGGGGCGCGCGGGGCCGUUGGCCUCGGCCGGAUCGGCGGCAGUUGGCGAGCUGUGGCCUGCUAGGCGAGGUCAAAUGUCUGGCUGAGCAGUGGCCACAAUGACAGAAGACUCACCCACCCCCUUGGGUGGCGGCCGCACGUCACCCAAAAAGCCAGGCAGCCCCGGUCAAGCAGCGGCAAUGCUGGAGGAGCAGAGGCGGGAGCUGGAGAAGCUUCGGGCCGAGCUGGAGGAGGAGCGCGCGCGCGGGCGGGCAGAGCGGCAGCACUUCACGACCCAGGCGCGCCGGCUGCGGGAGGCAGCCGAGCGAGAGCGGCAGCAGCUGGCGGACCACCUGCACUCCAAAUGGGAGGCACAGCGCUUCCGGGAGCUGCGGCAGCUGCAGGCGGAGGUGCAGCGGGAGCGCGAAGCCGAGAUCCGGCAGCUGCUGCGCUGGAAAGAGGCAGAGUUGCGGCAGCUACAGCAGCUGCUAGGCCGCGAGCGCGACGGUGUGGUGCGCCAGGCCCGUGAGCUGCAGCGCCAGCUGGCCCAGGAGCUGGUGAACCGUGGCUACUGCAGCCGCCCCGGGGCUCCCGAGAUUCCUGCCGAGCAGUGCCGCUGUCGCUUGCAGGAAGUGCUGCGGCAGCUCCGCUGGGAGACCGACGGCCAGCAAGCUGCGCGCAUCCGCCACCUGCAGGCGGCGCUUGAUAUGGAGCGCCAGCUGUUCCUCAAGUACAUCCUGGAGCACUUCCGCUGGCAGCCGGCUUUACCUGGGUCCCCAGACUCCCAGGCAGAGAAUUCCUCGAGGGCCGCACUUCCCGAAACCGCCAGCAGUGCUCGCCACACCCCAAAGCCCGCUUUUCGACUGGCUUCCCGGGAUGAGCUGGGAGCCAGGAUCCGAGUUCGCGCCCGCUCUUUGGAGAGGUUGCCCGAGGCGCUCUCCGGCUCCCCCGACCGCCAGCACCCAGCGCGGGCCAGCUCCCUUGAUUCCUUGACCGCGGCGCAUUCCCGCUCGCUCGACAGUAUGCGGAGUUGCCCGCGGGCCUUUAUUGAGUCAAAGGCGCCAACCUCCUCGACAAAAGUCUUUGUCGCAGGCUCCCCAAACGUCUCACCGCCUAGGGCACACAGAAAACCUAAAGAUCUGGGCAAAGAAGGUUCUGGAAAUCAGCCCCCAGAAAGUCUGAUGCCCUCUCCGCCGGGCCCCGACUACUGUGCACUGGUGAAGCGUAACUCGGAGCUGAGUGAAGCAUUGCAGAGGCUGACACAUCGCUGCUCCGAACUGCGCGAGGAGAACCUGCAGCUGCGGCGCAGUGGUGGCCCCAGUCAGGACGAAAAGGUGAAGCGGCUCAAAAUGAAGCACGCGGAGCUAGCAGGACUCGCGCGGCGCCUAGAGGACCGUGCCCGCAAGCUUCAGGAGACCAAUCUUCGAGCGCUGAGCGCACCUGUGCUAGGGGAGAACCGUCCUGACCUGCAGUUGUACCAGGCCUUUGCCCGCCAGCGUGCCAGAGACCUGUCGGAUCAGGCCAGCGCGCUGCUAGCCAAGGACAAGCAGAUCGAAGAGCUGAGGCAGGAAUGCCACCUCCUGCAGGCGCGCGUUGCCACCGGCCUUGAUAGCACUUUGAAUCCUGCAGGGGGAGUCCCUCGCUCGCAGUGGCUCAACGUCAGUGACUUGGACCGGCUGCAGCGUGAGUCCCAGCAGGAAGUUCUGCGCCUGCAGAGGCAGUUAACGCUGCAGCAAGGCAAGGGCUGCGCAAGGGCCGAAACGAGCAACCAGAGCGCAACCAGCAAGGAGUCUCGACACCAGGUGCGGGCAUUGGCGUUUGAACUGGAUGCACUGCGGCGCGAAUGUGAGGCGUUGGGCGCGCAGUCUGCAGCGGCACAGCGGCGCAGCGAGGAGGUAGAAGCACAGCUGCAGGCAGCACUUCGCAAGGGCGCCUGGCUGGCGGAGGAAAACGCGCGGCUGCAGACCCAGGCCCACUGGGUACGAAGGGUGGUGGCAGAGAACAGCGACGUGCGCGGGCAGCUGGGCCGCGCGUGCCAGGAGCGCGACGCCGCCGGCCUUCUGGCAGAGCAGCUGCUGCAACAGGCGGCGCUCGAGCAGAAUAGGCAGCAACAGCUGCAGCACGACCUGGAGAAGGCCCUGAGCGACCUCCAGGCUGCUCGAAAGGAGGUGCAAGCAUUGCAAGAUCCGCCUGGCCAUCCUCCCCAGCAGCCACAGGAGGCCACCCAAGCGACAGGUAGAGGAAAGCACAAGUUCAAACCACAGACUAAAGAUUAUGCAACCUCACAACCUAGCAAAGAACAGCCUCCUGUUUGUCCUACCAUGCAGGAGACUCCAGUUUCCCUUGGGGAACCAGCCAGUUCACACUUUGUGCCAGAGAGCAUCCCUGCUAACCAGCCUCUGGACUCCAGGCAUCAAGCUAGCUCCCAGUCUACCUCCUCCUCUGAAGUGGAGUCUGUGUGGGCCACUGUGCCAUCGUGCCUUACUCUAGAAAUGGACACAACCAGUGAGGUGGAUGAUUUGGAGCAAGACAGUGUGUCUCCCCCACUGGAAGUAAGGGAUCCUGAGGCACCCUCCACCUCUAAGCUCAAGAUCUUCCAGGCUAAAUAUGACUACAACCCAUUUGAGGGACCCAAUGAGCAUCCUGAGCAUGAGCUACCUCUCACAGCUGGGGAAUAUGUGUAUGUCUUUGGGGACUUGGAUGAGGAUGGUUUCUAUGAAGGGGAGCUUGAGGAUGGCCGGCAAGGGCUGGUGCCCUCCAACUUGGUAGAACAGAUUCCAGAUAGUCCCAACCUAAGCAACCUGUCUCCCAAGUCAUCUGAGUCCCCAAAUCACUUAGGCCCCAAAAUACUACCUGUUGGGCAGACCAAAGCCUCAAAGGAAGCCAGUUUAUUACUUAGGGAGACCCAAGGAUCAGUGGAUAGAGCAACAUGCCAGAUGGGAGGGAAGGGUUCCAAGACAGAAAAGGCAACUGAGAUCUUAGAGAUCAAGAGAAAAGUCUGCUGGCUGGACUCAUCACAGAGUAUGCAAGAGCAGAGCUUCUCCAUACCCUCUCCGAGGACCAAAGGAUUGCCCUGUGUGUGGCCUAUGCAACUACAACUGCAGAAUGUCACAGCCACGUCAGCUGAAAUUACCUGGGUGUAUGGCAGUAGCAAACACCUCCAUGUGGUGUACCUUGAUGACCAGGAAUAUGCUCUGAUCCCCUCAGGUGUGAGCUGCUAUACCUUUGAAGACCUACGUCCUGGCACACAAUACAAGGCUCGAGUGGAGGUGGAGCUACCUUGGGACUUGCAGCAGAUUCCCUGGGAAAUGAAAUCUUCUACCAUCACCUUCAGCACACCCUUAGCAGGACCCCCAGAUCCUCCACUGGAUGUACUAGUGGAGCACCACACCUCACCAGGCUUCCUAGUGGUCAGCUGGAUUCCUGUGACUAUUGACUCAGCUGGGUCCUCCAAUGGAGUGCAAGUCACUGGCUAUGCUGUGUAUGCAGAUGGACUCAAGAUUGCAGAGAUUCCUGAUGCCACUGCUGGGAGCACUCUGUUGGAAUUUUCCCAGCUGCAGGUACCCCUCACAUGCCAGAAGGUCUCAGUGAGAACCAUGUCACUGUGUGGUGAGUCUCUGGAUUCAGUGCCAGCUCAGAUCCCUGAGGACUGCUUCACUUAUCACUUAUUACCAGAGACUCUUUCCUUUAAUGACACCUGUGGUGACCCAUCUACCUUCCAAGUCACCUUCCCCAUCUGCCAUCAGAAGAUGGCGCUGGCUUCUUUGAGUACCAAGGCAGGCUCUCACAUUCCUGGAAGCUGUGGGGAACCUCAGACCAAGUUUCCAGAAGUACUGCCUGAAGAACCACUGAGGAAGCAGUCCCUGUCGUCCAACCUGAGCUCAGAAGAGGUUGGCAAGCAAGCCCAAGGGUUCACAGGAAUCCAGAAGGGCUGCAGAAAUGACCUAUCCUUUCAGAAGAGUCCUCAGAACCACAGGCCACUUCAUCCCAGUGGCCAGUCUGUGAUGAAAGAAAACCACUAUGGGCACAUGAGUACCAGCAGAGGCUCAUCUCCAGGAUUCAUCCAUGUGUCCCCUAAGUGUGGGCCCAGGAAAGAUCUGUGUCAGGAGAAGACUGCCCUUGAGAAGGUCCUUAGACAAAAGCAAGGUACCCAAGUGUUGACACCUUCCCAGCAGAGCACCAGCCAGAAGUAUGCAGCUGAGUCCUGUAACAUAUUGGAGGAGAUGUGGAGAGAUGUGGAUAAUUGGUGCACAGAGAAGCUAGAACACAGAGAGAAGUGCAGGCCCCAGAAUAGGCGACAGCAGGCUCUGAGGGACAAGAAAGAGUGGAAACUCUGUGAGCCCUCUACAGCGCAAUGUCCAGCUCAAUCCAGUAAAGUCAUUGAAAUGUCUUGUGGUGUCCCCUCACAUUUGGGGCCAGAGGCCAACACACUAGCCAGGACAUUUGUGGCCCUCUUUGAUUAUGAUCCUCUAGCAAUGUCUGCCAACCCCAAGGCUGCAGAGAAGGAGCUAGCCUUCCAGAAAGGGCAAUUGCUGAGAGUAUGGGGCUCUCAGGACCCCCAUGGCUUCUACCAUGGCGAGUGCAAUAAUCAAGUGGGUAACAUCCCUGGGCACCUGGUGGCUGAGGUGGAGGUGGGCACAGAACAACCUGAAAGAAGGUGGCAUUUGCCAGCACAAGGACACCUGUCUUCUGUAGCCCACCUUGAGAACUUUGAGGGGCCCACCAGCCCCCAUGGUUCUUUCCUCAAGCCCCAAGAGAACUCCAGGAAAUCCACACUGUGGACCCCAAAGACCAUGAUGGUGGCUCUGGACUAUGAUCCCAGGGAUAGGAAAGUAGGGGGCCGGGCAAAGGGCAAACUAGCUCUGAGGGCUGGGGAUAUGGUCACAGUCUAUGGGCCUGUGGAUGAUAAGGGAUUCUAUUAUGGUGAGUCGGGUGGCCAUAGAGGCCUGAUUCCAGCCCACCUACUGGAUGACUUAUCUGUCCACAGAGAGUGAGCAAGGCUUGCUGCAGGAGUGGUAGCCUCUGGCUGCCCACACCCUCAGAAGGAGAAGCAAGCACGUACACCCUCAUACAGCAUCCCUCCUGGCCACCUCCUUAAGCAACAUUUGCUUCAGGCACCACUGUGUUCAGCUGAUGGCAUGCCAGGUGUGUUCCUAUCCCCUGAGAGCAGCAGGAUUUAAAUCUGAGUUGAAUUGUUUCCAAAAGAAAACAAAUCAGGCCAAUGUCUAAGAGUUUCAGAGUCAUGGAUAACUAUGAUACUUAUUUGGAGUGCCUUUUUCUGGGGUGGAUAUGUGUUUUCUUGAACAGGUUAACAUUCUUUAUGCAUUGCCUUGUAUGAAAAUUUCAAGAAAAGUCUGCAUUUAAAAAAACAAUCAAAAAAAUCAGAAUGCUAUUUUUCUAUUUUAUGUUCAACCCUUCAUUAAAAUGUUCAUAAAAAAUAUUUUAGAAGUCAAAGUACAGCUAAGGGAAAUAUGAGUUCACCUCUUCUUCCCUCCCCCUCCUGCCCAAUGGAGCCUGAGAGGUUAUAGAAAUGUUUUCCUUAAAAAAAAAAAAAAUGUUUUCCUGAGGGGCUGGGGGUAUAGCUCAGCA